AUGCCGUUUCCACCACCUGGCCAGUCCCGUAUACGGCCUUCGAAAGCCCUUCCCAGCGACCCAGAUGAGGUGUACGGCAUGGAGAGGCUGAACUCCAUACCAAUGGGAGACGCCUUGAACCAGCAGGAGAUACGCGAGCUCUUUCAAGGCACCGUGCCUUUCCAUGUGCAGAGAAGACUUAUAAACUCCCGCAGCCUACGGCAAGCCUUGUUUGGCACCGCCGCUGAAGAUGAUAUUCGGCGAGCUAUGGUCCAAUCUGAGGUCUCGAUGGAACUCCGUCGUCAGCUGGAAAACAACUUUCCAUUCUUGAAGCCCGCAGCGCCCUCUGCCGUAGGAAGUCCGGGCCAUAUACUUCGUGACCCCGACCUUGCGGUGAUUCACAGCCCUUCCCCAAUGGCUAACGGCAUUGCGACUGCUACCGGAACGCCAACAUCAAACCCCAUAGUUUCCAGUGCCAAACAAGCGAUCGAUCAGGCGUCCUCGGUCGAGAAGGCCUUCACAGCGAAGCGCACGAAUCGCCCAGAACGGCCUUUACCUGCAGCUGCCGGUGCGAAUCCUCAGCCUUCGGCGAAUUGGUCCCCGAGUAUUGCUUUCAGCGUUAAAAAGGGGGCCAUCAAAGGCUCGCUCACAAGUCCCAAGCCCGCAAGGAUUAAAGUCCACUACGGUUGGCAGUUCAACGACAAUGGAGAUGGGACAUUGUCGGCAGUCGGAAAGAAGAACGGCGUUUCAGCAAAAGUGAUAUCGAAGAAACCUCUCGAUCCCAAAGAGCCGCCCAUGCUGGACCCGAAGAUGCGCCUACAAGAUGCCAAAGCCCGUGGGCAGUCUUUGCUUGGUACUUCCGAAGCUGGUCAUGCUUCGAGUAUCCCAAAAGCCACGCCUAAGUCCACACCUUCAACCGACACCAGUCUGCAAGGGCUGGACACCCGAAUACAACCGACAAGGACGAGCCAAAGAAUGCAGGCAACAUUGAAUGCACCAGCCCUUGGCUCUCCCCCGCCGGCAGCAGGUGACCAAGGCGAUCAAACAAAGCUCUGGCACUAUAUUCACUCUCGGUUGAACUCCACACCUCGAUCGCGAAUGCCGCAAAACUGUUGGCUUCCUGAUCUUCUGCGGCUGCCUCGUCUCCGAGAAGUCGAGUACAAUCCGGCGGCUCCAUAUCCCUACAAGGAAAACAGACCUGGGGAUAUCGCAGCCAUGGUUAUCCAAGUGACUGGAGCUGAGCCGCCGAAGGCGUGUGAGAGGUGUCGAACGGGAAAGGGUAUCUUCAAAGGCUGCUAUGUCAUACACCCCAAUGCUCCUCUGACUGCUCGUCAGUCUCCUUCAUUAGCAGGGUGUGCGAAUUGCACGUACAAGAACGUUGGCCGUAGAUGCGAGCUGAAACAGUGGGCGUACGAGACAUAUCCAGAACUGGGGAUACAGCCCGACAGGGCAUCUACUGAGAUCCAAACUCAGCCCGACAGACCAUCUACUCAGACCCCAAAUCAGCCCGACAGACCAUCUACUGAGACACAAACUGAGCCCGACAGACCAGCUAGCCAGACCCCAAAUCAGCCCGACAGACCAUCUACUGAGACACAAACUGAGCCCGACAGACCAGCUAGCCAGACCCAAACUCAGCCAGGCUCGCACCGGCUGGCCGAUAAGCAUCCGGAGAGGCGCUCUGAAAGGAUCUUGCUCAAAGACUCAGCGGCAGCAGUUUCCCCAGCCCACGCAUCAGGUAGGCGCAUGUCAGCUACCGCGGGUGGUGUGGCAUUUCCUCCCGUCUCUGCUACAGCCAAAACGCAUCAAAUUCACAACCAUGACUUGCCCGAACAGCGCCACGCUGGGUACGAGGAAUCCGGCUCGUUUUCGAACGUACAGGGAAGCGCUGUGAACCCAACACACCUGUUGCAGCUCGAGACGUGGGAAGUUGCUCCAGGUCGCAUCCGCAAUGACGGCCAAUUCGCUGAUAAUAUUGCGUUUUCGAACUCGUACCUCGCUCAGAACCUGGCCGUCAGAAUCAGUCGCGACAUCUCGUUUCAAGUCAUCACCGUCAAACCAGGUACGGCAUACAACUUUGAAGCCAUUGCCGAUAGGCUACGUCUGUGCUCAGUGGCGUCUGGCAAGCUCAAGGUCAAAAUAGGAGACCAGGAAUUCGACAUGGGACCCAAUGGCAUGUUCAAGGUCAACACGCAAACAGCUGCUGCGGCGACGAACAUGCUCUACAUUGACGCCACAGUACACGUGUCUAUCAUGCCUAGUCACCUGUGA